CUAAGUGUGCCAUGGCGUCCAUCGUUCUCGACCAGCGGGAGAGGAUUGUCGCCGUCAACUCGGCGUGGACACGGCUGUGUGGCUUCUCGGCCAACGAGGCCCUCGGCAGCUCUCCAAAGCUCCUCCAGGGACCGAAGACAGACACGCGAGAGGCAAGGGCCUUUGCCGAGGCGUGCCGCCUCGGCUCUGCGUCCACCACGCUGACAAACUACCGCAAGGACGGCUCGCCCUUCACGCACCGCAUCAGAUCGCGCCGCGUGCUCGACGCCUCCGGACGCGUCUACUACCUGAGUGAGGGCCGGGAAGUGCACGGUGGCCCGGCGGGUCGGUGACUGGCGGCCUCCUCCUCCUCGCGGCUGGCACCAGCGGCUUUCUCUUCCUCGCGUCGGCCGCCCUCCUUCCGGGCAGCCUGGUCGCCGCCGGCUUCCUCGCCGCCCUUCCUCUCCUCGCCGCCCUCCUCAACCUCCUCCUGCCUGCCCUCGCCUCCUCGGCGCCGCUGCUCUCCCUCCUCGCUCAGCCAGACAACUUGCCCGCCCUCGGCGCCGCCCUGCCGCCCUUCCUCCUCCUCCUCCUCCUCCUCUUCGCCGCCGCCGCCAUCGUCGCGGAGGGAGAGGAGGAGCCGCACGCCGUCGGCGGCAGCGGCGAGGGCGGCGAUGCGGCGGCAGAGGGCGCGGUGGAUACGGCGGCAGCAGUGAAUGGGGAUGAGGCGGCCAUGGCGGCGGCGCGGGCGAAGCGGGCGGCGGCGGGGAAGGCUGCAGACGGGGCGGCG